AUGGACUCCCGCCCCCCCGACAAGCGCUUUGACUCGCCUUCGUUUUCCCCAGCCCGAGGGCAGCAGCGCAGCAGCAGCAAAGCAGCAGCAGCAGCAGCAGCAGCAGCUUGGGAGGACCCGGAGCUCUUUGGGGAGGAGGAGGGCCCCCCGGAGGCGGGGGCCCCCGGCAGCAGCAGCAGCAGCAGCAGCAGCAGCAGCAAGUCCAAGAAGCACCGCGCCCCGGGGCCCCACGCGCAUGCAAGAAGGCCAAGCGCGGCUUCCUUCUCAGACGCCCCCGAAGACGAGGCGGAAGCAGCAGCAGCAGCAGCAGACGCUGCUGCUGCUGCUGCUGCUGCUGCUGCUGCUGCAGGGGGCCCCCGGGGGCCCCGCGCGCGGCAGCCGCCGCUGAACGCCGCCUGCUUCCUCGUGACCCCCCAGGGGGCCCCCUGCGACUUGCUGCUGGAUUUGUAUUGUCAAUUAAAUUAUUCUCGAGACAAAUUGCGGAAAUAUGAUUUAAUUAAAAGACAAAAGGCCCGCAGCAGCAGCAAACAGAGCCUGCAGCGCGAGCUGCAGGCCGCGCAGGCCCUCCUCGCCCGCGCCUCCAAGCAGCAGCAGCAGCAAACCACCAGCAGCAGCAGCAGCAGCAGCAGCAGCAGCAGCAGCAGCAGCAGCAGCAGCAGCAGCAGCGGGGAGGCGGUGCGUGCGGCGCUGUGCGUGCGGCGCUGCAGCCGGGAGCUGGCGCGGCUGCGGGCUGCGGAGGCUGUGGAGCUGCGGGAAGCUUUAAAUGGACUUCUUGAAGAAAUUAGAAAUAAAAUAAAUGAAUAUUAUCCUUUUAAUGAACACAUUUCCAAACUGACGCGCAGACUGGAGCAGCAGCCGCUGCAGCAGCAGCUCUGGACGCGCCUGCGGCCGCUCCUGGUGUACAGACACCUCACGGGCUUCCUGCACCACUGGCAGCAGCGCGGCUGCCCGCCAAACCCUCACUUGCUGCUAAACCCUCGCGAUCUCGCGCCAGACGAGGCCCCAAACCCUCCUCUAAACCCUAAUUUAAACCCUAAUUCAAACCCUAAUUCAAACCCUAAUUCAAACCCUGAUCCAAACCCUAAUUCAAACCCUAAUUCAAACCCUUGGGACGAGUGGGGGGGGCCCCGGGACCUCCCGGAGGAGGGGGGGAUGGAGCUGGACGCGGACUUCGCGGAAACUGCGCGGAAAAGCCAAAAUAAAGACAAAAACGAAAUUAAAAAUGCAAAUAAAAACAAAAAUGAAAAUCAGUUUUCGAAUUUAAACGAAAGUUCCGACAAAAGUUCCGGCGAAGACGUGCCACGCGGCUGCGUCGGCGGCGCCGCUGCUGUACAGCCACCGCACCCGGACUCUGAAGGACCCUCAGCAGAAGAGCUGAGAGAGCUGCGGCAAAAGCAGCAAGAGGCCAGGGCCCGCAGGCAGCAGCUGCAGGCCCAGCGCCAGCAGCAAUCAGGGUUUAGGGUUUAG